UCUGUCUGUCUGUUGUCUGACUGGAGCUGUGUGUUUUUGUCCGCUCCGCUGUCAAUACCACACUACUAGCCCAAAUAUUAAUGCAAUGCAAUGGGAAUAUAGCGAUCAUGGCUAAGAAUCUAAUUUGGUUAAUUAUUCUCGUCCUGGUUUGCAUAUUUGGAAUUUAUGAUGCUUUGUGGUGUAACUGCACCACAGCCCAGUGUGAGAAGACUGGCUCCCAGUGUGAGACAGACGGGGCCUGCAUGGCCUCCACGUCCUUCAUCAAUGGGCUGGAGCAGCACAUCCGUAUCUGCAUCACCCGGGACAAGCUGGUACCCCCGGGCCAGCCCUUCUACUGCCUGAGCGCUGAGGGCCUCCUCUACACACACUGCUGCUACACUAACUACUGCAACAGCCUCGACCUCAAAGUAACCUCUGUGACGUCUCGGCCGGGCCUGGGGGGUGUUUUUGGCCCUGAUGGUAAAUGGGGUCCAGUGGAGCUGGUAGCAGUGGUCGCAGGGCCCGUCUGCCUGCUGUGUGUGCUGCUAAUCAUGGGUGUGUUCCUGUUCCAGUACCACCAGCAAGCCUACAGCCACAGGCAGAGGCUGGAGGUGGAGGACCCCUCCUGUGACCAUCUCUACAUGGCCAAGGACAAGACCCUGCAGGACCUCAUUUAUGACAUGUCCACCUCUGGAUCAGGCUCCGGCCUCCCUCUGUUUGUCCAGCGAACAGUGGCCAGGACCAUCGUGCUGCAGGAGAUUAUAGGGAAAGGGCGUUUCGGGGAAGUGUGGCGUGGCCGCUGGAGAGGAGGAGACGUGGCGGUGAAGAUCUUUUCGUCCAGAGAGGAACGCUCCUGGUUCCGCGAGGCUGAGAUCUACCAGACCAUUAUGCUGCGCCACGAAAACAUCCUGGGAUUCAUCGCCGCCGACAACAAAGAUAAUGGCACAUGGACCCAGCUGUGGCUGGUGUCAGACUACCACGAGUACGGCUCUCUGUUUGACUACCUGAACCGUUACUCCAUCACCAUCGAGGGAAUGAUCAAACUGGCACUGUCUGCUGCCAGCGGCCUGGCACACCUGCACAUGGAGAUCCUGGGCACACAGGGUAAGCCUGGUAUUGCCCACCGGGACCUCAAGUCUAAGAACAUCCUGGUGAAGAAAAACAGUACCUGUGCCAUUGCUGACCUGGGGCUGGCCGUGCGCCAUGAGUCCACCACCGACACCAUAGACAUUGCCCCCAACCAGAGAGUGGGCACAAAGAGGUACAUGGCCCCUGAGGUUCUGGAUGAGAGCAUCAACAUGAGGCAUUUUGAUUCGUUUAAGUGUGCAGACAUCUACGCUCUGGGCCUGGUUUACUGGGAGAUCACACGCCGCUGCAACGCUGGAGGUAUCCAUGAGGAGUACCAGCUACCGUACUUUGACCUGGUGCCCUCUGACCCCUCCAUAGAGGAGAUGAGGAAGCUGGUGUGUGAACAGAAGCUACGGCCCAACGUGCCCAACUGGUGGCAGAGCUACGAGACCCUGCGUGUGAUGGGGAAGAUCAUGAGGGAGUGUUGGUACGCCAACGGAGCCGCCCGCCUCACCGCCCUGCGCAUCAAGAAGACCCUGUCCCAGCUGAGUGUCCAGGAGGACAUCAAAGUCUGAGAGGGCCCUAGCCCAAAGACCUGAGGAGAGCACUGGGGACUCUGUCCUGCACUAAAAAAUACUGAGAGAGAUAGAGGGACAGUGUGUUUUCAAAGAACGCACAAGCUAACGACAGAAAAUGUAAACAAACAAAAAAACAUUACAUGACUCUCCUGACAGUUUUUGUUUUUAAAGCCACCACCGCCUGAGUUGUGACAAACCCUACCUCGUCUAUUCAGCCAAAACUAAUGGCAACCCCUGUCCAUCCCUUGCCCCCAACCUAUCCCACCAUUCUGACCCACAAACCUGUUCCUGCAGCCCCCUUCUCUGUUCUGUUCCUACUAAAAUUACUGCAAUUACUGAUAUUACUACUGCUCCCGAUAAUGCCCAUGUUAAUCUCAAUGGCAGGAUAAACACUGAGUGUACAAAACCAUUAAGAACACCUUCCUACUAUUGGGGGGAACCCCCCCACCCCUUUCCCUAAGAACAGCCUCAAUUCAUGUUGACUCCAAUGCUUCCCACAGCUGUGUCAAGU